CUACAGGCUUGAGUCACGUAAAAAUGGCGAUACCUAUAGAAGAAUGGUAUUAUGAUGUUCCUGUAAUCACAAGAACCUUUGUAACUGCGGCAGUUUUGACUAGCUUGGCUGUGCAAGUUGGUCUUGUGACUCCUUUUCAACUUUACUUCAAUUUUGAUAAAGCUUUUUAUGAUCUCCAGCUUCUAUCACCAUUAUCAAAUAUGCCAUUUUUGGGAUCACCUUUGGCCUUCACAUUGGUUUACAUAUGGUCACGAAGAAAUCCUUUUAUCAGAUUAAAUUUCGUAGGAUUAUUUGUAUUCAGUGCACCGUUCCUUCCUUGGGUAUUACUUGGAUUUUCGCUGUUAUUGAAUAAUGUAUUUCCUAUGGGAGAUAUGAUGGGAAUUGCUGUUGGACAUAUUUAUUACUUUUUCGAGGAUGUAUGGCCAAAUGAGAGAAACAGCGGUGGACGCCGAUUGUUGAAAACACCCCAAAUAAUUGUGCGGAUGUUUGAAGGAAUUCAGGAUGGUCCUCAUAUACCCCCACAAGAUGAUCUUGCUUUCGCUGACGGAUUGGCAGAACCAGGUGUGGAACCAGCUCCAAAUGAAGGUGUCGUUCCUCCAACGUAA